UGUUUGUCCAGAAUGCACGGAUUAGUGGUACUGCUAGUUUGCCUGGCCGUGGGUACCGCCUUUGCUGGCACAGUUGGGGUCUCCAAUGCUGAUCCCUUCGAGCGCGAAGGCCGCAUUGUGGGCGGCGAGGAUACCACAAUCCGAGCGCAUCCCUAUCAGGUUUCCUUGCAGAACAAGAAAGGCUCCCACUUCUGUGGUGGCAGUUUGAUCAACGAGGACACUGUGGUCACAGCGGCCCACUGUCUGGUGGGAAAGAAGAUCGCCAAGGUGUUCGUGCGACUCGGUUCCACGCUCUACAAUGAGGGCGGAAUAGUGGUUGCUGUCCGGGCGUUGACCUACAAUGCGGACUACAGCUCCAAGACCAUGGAGAACGACGUGGGCAUACUGAAGCUGGCCGAAAAGGUGAAGGAAACCGAUGAUAUUCGAUACAUCGAACUGGCCACAGAAACUCCGCCCACUGGCACCACCGCCGUGGUCACCGGCUGGGGUUCCAAGUGCUACUUCUGGUGCAUGACCCUGCCCAAGACGCUCCAGGCGGUCUACGUGAACAUUGUCGACUGGAGGACCUGCGCCUCGGAUGAGUACAAGUACGGCGAGGUCAUCUACGACACCAUGGUGUGCGCCUAUGAGAAGAAGAAGGACGCCUGUCAAGGCGAUUCCGGUGGUCCUCUGGCGAUCGGUAACACUCUCGUGGGAAUCGUAUCCUGGGGAUAUGCCUGUGCAUCCAACCUGCUACCCGGUGUUUACUCCGAUGUGCCAGCUUUGCGAAAGUGGAUCCUGAACGCGAGUGAAACUUUGUAGAUACAUCCAAUAGACGGGCAUACUUUCGGGCAUUAUUCAGCGAUUCACAAUCAGAAAGUUUGCAGGCCCAUCUAAUUGUUUUAAGCUUCACAUGGAUGAUACACUGAUGAUUCAUUAACAUACAUAUUUGUGGCAAAUUCGGUUUUCCGUCUUUCCUUUCUGGCCAAAUCGAUGUCUACCAGUAAAAAUAUCCUUUACAUGAUUAUAUUACUUUUGUAUAUUUUAAUCAGCCAUGCCAAUUUGUAGUAUUUCUCUUCAUUCACAUUUCAUUUAGCCAAUUGAAGCUUUUUAUUGCUUCAAGUGGCACUUAAAUAUUUGAUCACAUUGAUCACACUCCUAGACUAAGGUUAAUAUUCUUAGUCAGCAAUGGUGACAGAGCUACCGCUCUCGGAUGGUCAUCUUAUCGGUGUUAAAAUAAAAACAGUUUAUGGGCCAAUUUGCGAUAUGA